CAACAUUAACUCACUUGUUCACCUCAACACUCCAGCUCCUAUCUAGCGCAGCGCAGCUCUGUAGAGUGAGUGGAAAUGGGCGAGGAGGCCAAUUGCAACGCCGUGAUGGAGGCCGCCAACGGCAACGGCAACGGCAAGGUCAAGGAGAACGGCCACGCCGUUGUGGCCAUGCCGGACGUCAAGGCCGACGACGCCGUGGUGGCGCCCGCCGACCCCCGGCUGCAGGGCAUCUCCGACGCCAUCCGCGUCGUCCCGCACUUCCCCAAGCCAGGCAUCAUGUUCAACGACAUCACGACGCUCCUGCUGCGGCCCGGGGUGUUCAAGGACGCCGUGGACAUCUUCGUCGAGCGCUACCGCGGCAUGGACAUCGCCGCCGUCGCCGGGAUUGAGGCGAGAGGGUUUAUAUUUGGCCCGGCGAUUGCACUAGCCAUCGGUGCCAAGUUCAUUCCGUUGCGUAAGCCUAAGAAACUCCCAGGUGAGGUGAUUUCUGAGACCUAUGUUCUCGAAUACGGAACUGAUUGUCUGGAGAUGCAUGUUGGUGCUAUCGAACCCCGUGAGCGGGUUUUGAUCGUCGAUGAUCUGGUUGCAACUGGUGGGACACUUUGUGCUGCUAUAAAUCUUCUGGAACGUGCUGGAGCUGAUGUCGUUGAGUGUGCUUGUCUCAUUGGGCUCCCUAAAUUUAAGGAUUUUUACAAGCUCAAUGGGAAGCCGGUCUAUGUACUGGUGGAGUCUCUGGAAUAUGAAAAAUAAGAAACUUGUGACCAGGGACGCAUCGUGGCUUCAUCCUGCAGGUGAACGGUGAUGAUCCACAAGUCUGCGGCACAUUGCUAAGGCUAGCUGCUACGCGUUAGGGAGGGAGUGGGGGAGGUUAGGGAGCGGUACGUGAAUGGAUGGGUGUUAGUAGUCUUUGUAGGCUGAGUAGUUUCUUCAAGAGUACUGAAGAGCUUCCUUGUUCUCGGGAAAAAUGAUCGUUAGCUGAAACGCGAGUCCUGUCGUUCUUCCAUUGUUAUUGGUUAUUAAUUAUUAAUUGUGUGGUUUUGAUUUC